AUGCGAACAAAGGCCCAAGGCUCUGCAACUGAAGAAGUGAAGGAGUCGGUUCCCGUGGUGCAUUAUGUGCCAAAAAUAAUGGCACGAUUAUGUCCUCUGAGGGAACAUAGUUUGCCACCCUCUCAUCCGAUGGACCCACCUCUGCCUAUUAUUGAGGCUAACUUGUACUCAUAUGUGCCGGAGUAUGAGGAUCUGGAAGCCCUUACGUGUAUGAUGACAGAAUGA